AAAUAAAUUCUCUCUAUUUCUCUCUCUCUCUUUCUCUCUCUCUCUCUCUCUCUCUCUCUCUCUCUCUUUCUCUGUCCGUGGCGAAGGCGUACUUCAAAUUAUCGGAAUCGCGUGGACAGAUCCAGUGGAACGCGAACGUUCGCGCGCGUCGAUCGUCUCGUUGAUUGGAUUGUGUGAUUCGUGGAAUAUACCAUCUGUCUGUUGCAGGAGGCCGCGCUGAAAUGACACCGAGUGUUCUUUGGACGAGAUGGAGAAUGUACCUGAUGCUCGUCCUGAUGUGUCAGACGGCGCAACGAGUCCAAAGUCAUCCUCACGCUUCCACGAAAGCAUCGCAGGACAUCAAGAGUUCCUCGACGCAGGAUGUAUCGAUCUCAAAGAUAAUCGAGACGGCGUACAAUAGAAAGGAAUUAUUGCGAAGGGAAGAAUGGUUGCGGCGAACUGACGAUCGCCUGGUGACCAGAUCAUUGGACUCGGAUAUCUCGAAUGAAUCGGAGUAUCUGAAUGAUGGAAUCGCUUCGCUUGGCGAGAGGAAAUUGUUGGAAGCGACGAGUACGGAUGUGUCGACGACGCGAACGGACGCAGAUGAGAAGAUCGUUUUCCCAGACGGCUCAAACAGAGUCUCGUCGAUACCGUCGACAUCGACGACAGCGCCAGCCUGCUACAAGGAUGCAUUCUGCGAGAACGUCGCCGAUUAUCCCAGGCAACUAGUGAGCGCGGCGAUAGCGCGGAAUGUCAGUCUCAGGUUCCUGGAAAGCAUCGAUCCGAUGCUCGUCGAACAAAGAAUAGAUGUAUCAGAAGUACCUCUUUGCCAAUAUACCGACCAAGUGGUGUAUCCACAGUCCGCGCAAAACAAGGAGAAACAGUGGCUGUUCAUCGUAAAUCAGGAGGAUUUGAAGCAGGGAAUACGCAUCGAGGUUUGCUUGAACGAGGGCCAGGAGUGCAAUAUGAUUCAGGGAUUCGCUGAAGGUUACAAGACGAGCUGUAAGCAGAAGUAUAUCUAUCGAGAAUUGGCGGCAGUGGGCAACAACGGUAACAUCAUCAAGGACCAAUUCCGCUUCCCGUCGAGCUGUUGCUGUCACGUCAAGUUCGUCGGUGAUCCCUCCGUCAGGCUGGGAGCAGAUGUACGCUCCUUCCAUCGAAACACCACGGUCGCAUCGAAAGCACAAUGGAGGCCGUAAAGAAAAUAAUCGCAGAAAAAAAAUCGUAACGUGAUACUCGUUAAAGCGUAUUUUACACGAUGUUUCUUUUUUUUCUUAUCAAUAAAAAAUCACGUUAAAAUAUUGUCAUAAAAUAAAAUAAGUCAUUUAAAUGAGUCAUUUUUAGAUAUGUAUUGUAAUAUCAUUCUCUAGCGCGCUUCUCACGCUUAUUUAAAAGAAACAUCGGUAUAUUGUACGCUUUAAAUAUAGCGUUCCAUAUAGCAUCCUAUGUUCAAAAAAAACCAUUAACCGGACAUCUUGAAGAUGUCUAAUUGCCCAAAGAUAUCUUCUAGAUACCUUUUGAACAUUUUUUGGAUAUGCAUGCUAUGUGGGAUAUUCUCUUCUGACGAUACGUCGAGAGAAUUCGUUAUAUACGCCUAUCUGGACUUUUACCAGCUUCCAAGAGUUUAACGAUGAUACUAAUAGAGGUGUCUCUAUUCUACAAGAGAUGCAGUUUUUAUAUAAAUAUCGCAAAUGCUCUUCUAUAUUUUUAAAUACAAACAUU